AUGGCGCCGUUACACAGAACGGCGGCCUUUCUGGCCUGGUCGAUCACUAUUCUGCUAUGUGUCCUGCUGUCUGGGGCACAAGACAUCGAGAAAAGUAUAACGUAUUUCAAUAAUCUCCCUGCCAGGCUGUUCUUCUUCGAUGACACUACUACGGUGAUAUAUCAUGACGUUGUGGAGGGCAAUGUGUAUGUGUCGCAAGAUGAGGGCAAGACGUGGAACAGGGCUGCGGAUAUACCUGCGGGGGAUGCGAGCAUGGUCAUAGAACACCCAUUCGACAAUCGCUAUGCUUUCGUCUUGACCCGCCACAAGACCCAUUGGCGCACCGAAGAUCGUGGACGGACGUGGCGGAGCUUCACCAUGCCAAUCGUACCCGCCUACACGUCCAGACCCCUCUCGUUUCAUUCCGACCCCGCGAAAUAUGGAUACAUUCUCUAUCAAGGUACUGUAUGUGACCGUUUAGGCUGGGGCUCGGUCUGUCACGACGAGACGUACUACACAAAAGAAGCCUUUAGUGACGAACCCAAGCUUCUCCUCACGGAGACGUCCCGGUGCCAGUUCGCACAUAGCAGCAAGGAUUUCAAGCACGACGCUCAUCCCGACCUGAUUUACUGUGUUGGGUUCGAUACCACUACGCUGACUGGAACCCACUCUCUGUCAUCCAGCAGAGUGUUCUCCAGCACGGACUUCUUUCAGCAGGAAAACAAGGUGGAAGACCUUGGCAUAGGCAAGAAUGCGCGGGGCGUCGUGGCCUUCGCCAUCGUGUCGAAGUUCGCUGUCGUGGCUUUGAAGGAUCUCAGCCCCGGCAGCGAAGGCGACAUGCUGCUGUACGUGUCCGUCGACACCAAGACGUGGGCAAAGGCGCAGUUCCCUCAUGCGACGUCGGCUCGCUUGAGAGAGAAUGCGUACACGAUUGUUGAGUCCACAAUUCACUCGCUGGCAGUGGAUGUGGUGCUCCAGACAGAGGCCAGUAUAGGUACUCUGUUUGUCAGCAACUCCAACGGGACGUACUUCGUGGAGAGUUUGAGGGAUACCAACCGGAAUGAGAUGGGCUAUGUCGACUACGAGACCAUAUACGGAGUAGAAGGUGUCGGUUUGGCUAAUGUCGUUGUGAAUGCUCAGGAAGUGGAACGCGGCGUUGCUACCAAGCAGCUCAAGACCAUGAUUACCUUCGAUGAUGGUAGUUCUUGGUCAACCCUGCAACCCCCUUCGACCGACAGCGAAGGGCGCCGCAUUCCGUGUGAUCCCGCAGACAAGAAUGAAUGCUCAUUACACUUACAUUCCGUAACGACGCCGCAUAACUUCGGGCGCAUUUUCUCCUCCCCUGCUCCCGGGUUUAUCAUGGGAGUCGGAUCCAUCGGCGCUUACCUCCAACCCUAUGAAGAGUGCGAUACAUUCCUGAGCACAGACGCUGGUUUGACUUGGAGGAUGAUCCGGAGAGAUGCACAUAAGUACGAGUUUGGCGACCAAGGCACUAUACUUGUUGCCGUGAACGAUGAAGAAGGUGUUGACACCAUCAGAUAUUCGACUGAUGAGGGGAGGACUUGGAACUCCUACAACUAUGGUGUCAAAAUGCGGGCCAGAGCACUCACGAGCGUGCCGGAUGCAACCUCCCAGAAAUUCAUCUUAUUGGGUCAGAUCGCCCGGAGGGACCAGACAGCUGGGCAAGGUCGGUACGCUAUCGUAUAUCUGGACUUUGCCGGGCUUGGGAGACGUCAAUGCACGGAUAAUGAUUUCGAGAACUGGUACGCUAGAUCAGCUGCCAAAGAAUGCCUGAUGGGACACAAGCUGUGGUACAAGCGUCGCAAGGCUGAUGCUGAUUGUUACGUCGGCAACAAAUUCACGGACCCCGUUGGACACGAGGAGGACUGUCCUUGUACCGACGAAGACUUCGAAUGUGAUUACAACUUCGUCCGAAAUGGCAAGGAGUGUGUCCCUGUUGGUCCGGAGCCGAUACCGGCUGGCGUAUGCUCUGCUGGUGAUCCCAACCAAACGUACAUGGGCUCUUCCGGGUAUCGCUUGAUCCCCGGAGACACCUGCAGUAGAGAACGUGGAAUCAGCAAGGAUGACAAAGUCGAGAAAAAGUGUUCCGAAGCCCAGCCGCAGGAGGGCGACAUCAUUCACCAGACUUUCGAAUUCUCUGCUCCUGUCGUGCAACAGGCUUAUUUUGCGGAUUCUCAGACAAUCUUGGUGCGACUUGCGGACGGGUCCAUUUGGCAGUCAAGCAAUGAAGGCUACACAUGGACACAGCCCGUACCUGACCAAAGAUUUGUCGUCUUCUAUCUCCAUCCCUACACUAACGACAGAGGGUACCUCGUCACUCCUGACAACCGAUUCUACUAUACCACGGACGUUGGAAGGACGUGGAAUCCGAUGAAUACUCCCACUGUUCCCAAUACGUUCGGCGCGCAAGUCUUGCACUUCCAACCUCAGAAUUCUGAUUACAUCAUCUGGACUGGAAAUGAAGACUGCGAAGGAUUUGGCGCCAAUUGCCAUGCCGUUGCCCACUACUCUCGCGACAACGGCCGGCACUGGAACAUCGUGGAGACGUACGUGCGCAACUGUCAAUGGGCCCGCGACGCCGAACUCAAGGUCGACAAGACCCAUAUCUUAUGUGAAUCGUGGCGAGACAAGAAAGGAAACCAGAGAUUUUUCAUGCAAAGUGGGACGAAUGCGCUCGAACUUGUCUCCGGUACCGACUACUUUGCGACGAAGACGAAGCUUUUCAAUCACGUCGUUGGCUUUACUAAGUUUUCUGAGUAUCUCAUAGUCGCAGAGUACGUGCAAGAUAGGCAGUCUCUUGAACUGCAAGUGUCCCUCGACGGUCGGAAAUUCGCCACGGGCAUGUUCCCGCCCAGUAUGCGCCCUACUCAGCAUGCGUAUACGAUGCUGGAAUCAAGCACAAUGUCGGUGUUCUUGCACGUGACUACCUCCGAGCCACCCAACCCGUACUGGGGAAGUAUUCUCAAAUCCAACUCGAAUGGGACAUACUUCGGCGUAGCCUUAGACAAUGUCAAUAGGGAUGAGCGUGGCUACGUCGAUUUCGAGAAGAUGAUUGGUCUUGACGGUAUCGCACUCGUGAACGUUGUCUCGAAUCCUUCAGAAGCGCCUUUGACUGGCACGAAGAAGCUGCAAAGCCGGAUUACGCAUAAUGACGGUGGUUCAUGGAAGAGCCUGACACCUCCUACAACUGACUCGCAGGGUCUACGCUAUGACUGCACGAGUGUUAGCUGCGCCUUGCACGUCCACGGAUAUACGGAGCGUCGGGAUCCAAGGGCAACAUAUAGCACGCCCUCUGUUCCAGGUCUGUUGAUGGCCGUAGGCAACGUUGGCGAGAGCUUGGCACCAUAUACGGAAAGCGACACUUUCCUCAGCCGUGACGGUGGGUUUACUUGGGAAGAAGUUCACAAGGAUGCACAUCUCUGGGAAUUCGGUGAUUCGGGGUCGAUCCUUGUCAUGGCCAACGAUGAGGAACCCACGGACCAUGUGCUAUUCAGCACCGACGAGGGUAAGACAUGGCGGGAGUACAAGUUCACGGACGACAAACUCCGGGUCUAUGCCAUCGUCACCGUACCGUCCGAUACCAGCCGCCGAUUCAUUCUCUUCGGCUCUUAUCCCCGGUCACCCUCAGCGGCGGUUGCAGUCCAUAUUGACUUCUCUGCUCUGACUACAAGGCAAUGCGUCUUGGACGUUCAGGAUCCCGCUCACGACGACUUCGAGCUAUGGAGUCCCAGUCACGAAAGAGCAGAGCUUUGUCUCUUCGGACGUCAGACCAUGUUCCACAGGCGGAGACGUGAAGCCAACUGCGUGGUCGGGAAUCAAGCCAAGGCUGAAGAGCGUAUAGUCAGAAAUUGUGCUUGCGACGAACAUGAUUUCGAAUGUGAGUUCAAUCAUGUAAGAGACAGCAGCGGCAGCUGCGUUCUCGUGGAAGGGACCCAGCCACUGCCAAGCGACCCGGAGACGUCUUGCCGGAACGGCGAAGAUUAUUGGUACGAGCGGACUCCAUACCGGAAAAUACCCUAUUCGUCUUGCGAGGAUGGUCUACGACUUGACCGAGGAGAGCGGCACGUAUGCCCGGGUUUCAAGGCCCAUGGCGCGUUUUUCUGGUGGACAGUAAUCGUGAUACCAUUCAUGUUCACAGCCCUUGUGGCUUACUGGUACUACCGCAGAAGCGGCAUGGCUAGAGGCACCAUCCGUUUGCCUGGAGGGGAGCCAGGUAUGUCGUACAGGCGCAGCGAAUCGGGUAUUGUAUCAACGCUCGCGUCCGUGCCGUGGUUCCUUGUCGGCAUCGCGGGUAUCGCAUAUGAGUAUGUCGCGGAAGCUGUGGAUUCGUUGACAACACGAUUCCGAUCGAGAAGCGGGUAUCGGAACGUUCCUGUCGACGAGGAUGCGCAGAUCCUGAGAUUCGAGGAUGAAGAGUAGGAUUUAUGGACCCUGAGCAGUCGGCAUCUCUGAUUGACUGGAUCACCUUACGCGUAUGUAAUAUGUUGGAUGUUGCUAACGCCAUGUAUACAUUAUCUGAUACAUCCUUAUAUAUUUAUCACUCAGUCAGAAAUUCAGGUGUCAUGAUGAGCGCGACAGGCA